UUGUCCAGCCCAUGCUUGAGUGCAGCAUAGGUGUUUUGAAGGUUUCCUUGUCGUUUGCGUGCCGGGUCAGCUGCAAUGGGUUGCGGUAGGUCAUCAAUGAGGUCAAUGGACCACAUCUCGAAGGUCUCGGCCCAGAGUAUUUUUAAAUUGGAAGGUUUGCCUUUGACUUUGAGAGUGGUUCGGCUCGAUGACCCCAACUCUCUGAUGCUGCGUGUUGUGGGUUUGGAUUGCCCUGACGAAUUGCAGCGGUUGGAAGCAGCUUUGCAUAAGAGGCUUUUGAUUUUAAGAUCAGCAACGCUAUUGAAGGUUGGGUUCCAUGUGGACCAGACUUUCGAGCUAGUCUUGAAGAGGAGGUGGAAGAGCCCACUCAAGGACUAUCUGACAAAGCAUCUCCCAAAUCGAGUUGAGAUCACAGAAGUGACAGCAGAGUCCGUUCACGAAGAAUUUCCAGCAAGUGCGGCAAUAACCCGAACAGGUGGUUUCAAAGGAACCCAUUUGCUCAGACUGUUCGUGCAAUGUCCUCAGUGCAGGGGUGAGCGAGGCAUCAUUGCCAAAACCAUGGCAGAACUCAAUUUUGGAUUCCAUUGCGCCAAGCUGCAGACACUGGAUGGCAGAAAACAAACUAUUUGCGACACGUACUGGAUGACUGCACUUUCGCCGGAAAGUCAAUCUAGAACAUCUUCAAUCAAUGCGCAAAAAGUUGUUGAGGAGUUCGAGCUUGCCUUGUUCGACCACAUUCAGUCCUUAUCUGUUGAAAAGACAUCGAGAUCAAGAAGAUCUCUGAGCCCCUUGAAAGACUAUUGGCAACGAUCACCCCCGCAAGAGGACAGCGAGCCGUUUCAAUACCCAAGAAACGAAGAUAGUGGAGUCAGUCGAGCAUCCCGAACGACCAGCAACAACUCGAUGGGUCAUUUCAUGAGCCUUCUACAAGAGGCAUCGGGAGAUGGGCUGCCCAUCCCAUUACAAUGGACGAGACAGCUGGAAUAUGCAAUACACAAGGCAUCAGUGGGUUUUAUGGUUCCGGGCUUCGAGAAGUACGUGGGCAUGGGCUUAGUGCAGCGAAGCUUGAAGGAAAUGCUUAGUGGCAAGAAGGAAGCUGAAAGCACGCGGUCAUUAGUUCUAGAAAUGCACACUUUUUUCAUCUCGCAAAAGCAUGCCACGGGGCACUUAGCCCAGUUCUCCCACAGGCUUCGCGAUGCCCUGGCCAGCACGCCGGACUAUUCUCAUUUUGUGACAUGGCUCAGCAUCGCCGAGCGCACCUGGACCAUCGACAAGGUCUUCCUGAACGAUGUCCUGCCAGCUGGCCAUGGUCAUGGCGCUGAGGCCAUGUCUGAGCAUUUGUUGGCAUCGCCAGAUCUCUUUUUUCACGCAGAUGACUCUGCCAAAUUUCAAUUCAGAAGUUUCUUGGAAUCGUUGCCAGACUUGAAGAAGAUCGUGGUUUCUGACAUUAUCAAUUGGAACACUUACUUACUCAUGGCCGUGGCAGGAAGCACUGAAGAGGAAACAAAAGAUUUUCUGGGUGAUAUCUUGGACUUUGCUUUGCAAAUUGAAUUGCAGCAUGCCGAUCUCACGAGAAAUCAACUCUCCGAAUUAUCGCUGCUGGAAGUUUUUGGACACACAGUUCUUGGAAAAUUAUGUUCUUCAGUGCUGAAGAAUUGGAAUAGCCGAAUGGAUUCAAAUGCCGAAUUUAACCGAAUCCAGAUGGAAAGCGCAGAAGUUGUGUUUGGCGAAGGUGAUGAGGAAAUCUUCGGUCAGCGGCGUCCAAGAAUGGCCGUCAUCGUGCACCUCGGCGAAUCAAAGCCUUCGCCCCAAGUUUGAGCUGACAGUCUUGGCCCAUCUUGGCCCUGUGGGCUGUGGGAGCCUCGUUGUGGCUCGGGAAUGCACGGCCACGGCAGCCGCCUCUUGGAAACCCGUCAAAACGCAGUGAAAUCGAAAGACAACUUGCUAAGCUGGCUUCUUGUGAGAAAAGCUUUGAAGUGAG